AUGGCGGCCGGGCAGGGGGGCGGCGGCGGCAACAACGGCAGCGGCAGCGGGAGCGGGACGGCGGCCGGGAGCGGAGCGGCGGGGCUCGGCAUCCCCGCGCACCUGACUCUCUCCUUCUCGUCGGGGCCGCACUGGGGCGCGGCAGCUUUGCCGCAGUCGCACACGGUGCGCAGCCUGGAGCGGGCCCUGGAGGAGGCGGGCAGCUCGGGCAUCCUGUGCCUGAGCGGGAGGAAGCUGCGCGACUUCCCCGGCAGCGGCUGCGACCUGAGCGACACGACGCAAGCAGAUCUUUCAAAGAACAGAUUUACUGAAAUUCCUCCUGAUGUCUGGCUGUUUGCACCACUGGAAACUUUAAAUUUGUAUCACAACUGCAUCAAAUCCAUUCCAGAAUCUAUUAAAAACCUGCAAAUGCUUACCUACCUUAACAUUAGUCGAAAUCUUUUGUCAACAUUGCCAAAAUACUUGUUUGAUCUUCCACUGAAAGUUCUGGUUGUCAGUAAUAACAAGCUGGUCUCCAUCCCAGAAGAAAUUGGAAAGUUGAGAGAUCUAAUGGAGUUGGAUAUUAGCUGUAAUGAACUUCAAGUUCUUCCCCAGCAAAUAGGAAAAUUGCAGUCACUUAGAGAAUUGAACAUAAGAAGAAAUAAUCUCCAUAUGUUGCCAGAUGAAUUAGGAGACCUUCCCUUGGUAAAGCUGGAUUUUUCUUGUAAUAAAAUUACAGAAAUUCCCAUUUGUUACAGAAAGUUACGUCACUUACAAGUUAUAGUUUUGGAUAACAAUCCAAUGCAGAUUCCACCAGCACAGAUAUGUUUAAAGGGCAAAGUGCAUAUAUUUAAAUUCCUCAGUAUCCAGGCGUGCCUCAGAAUAGAUAAAAAACCAGAUUCCUUGGAUCUGCCAUCAUUAGGCAAACGAAUCCCCUCCCAGCCCCUCACAGACAGCAUGGAAGACUUUUAUCCCAAUAAAAACCAUGGACCAGACUCUGGCAUUGGAAGUGAUAAUGGGGAUAAAAGGUUGUCCACUACAGAACCAUCUGAUGAUGAUACAAUCAGCCUUCACUCCCAGGUGUCAGAAUCAACAAGGGAACAGACAUUAAGGAAUGACAAUCAUGUAAUAGGAAGUAAACUGGAUCCACAGAAAGACCAAGAGGCGUUUGACUACAUUGAUCCCAACGCAGAGGAGGGAGCUCUUCCUGAGCAGGGAGAGGCACAGAUUGGCACCCUGCUCUCCUAUGUCAAGGAACGGGGAAAACAUCCUGAGAAAUCCCAGAAAAUAGAACAAAAUGAGGAGUGGGGAGAUGAAAAAAGACUUCAGAAAGAACAGCUGCUGGCUGAAGAUGAUGAUGAACUCAAAGAAGUGACUGACCUGAGAAAAAUAGCAGCUCAGUUGUUGCAGCAAGAACAAAAACACAGGCUUCUUAAUCAUUCAGUUUCAGUAAACACAAGGAACAGGCCCAAGCAGCCAAUGGAAUCUGAAAAAUGUGUUUCAACAAAUGAAGUGAAUUCCUCAGUGUCCCCAUACAGCUGGCAGCCACUGGAAAACCAGAAGGAUUUGGUGGAUGAGCAGCACUGGCCAGAAACACAGCCAGUAAUCUGGCAGAAUGAAGAAAGAAGGAGAAGUAAACAAAUUAGAAAAGAGUAUUUCAAGUAUAAGUCUUCCAGAAAGAGUUCAAGUGGAAAUGAAAAUGAUGAGCAAGACAGUGAUAAUACUAAUGUGUCCCCACAGUCUCCUGUGUCGUCUGAGGAUUAUGAAAGGACAGAUAGUAACACUCAUGGUCCAUUUGGUCUCAAACCAAGGUCAGCUUUCAGCCGUGCCUCACGCCAGGACUACGGUGCAGUGGAUCCUGGCUUUACUAUGAGGAGGAAAAUGGAACAUUUAAGGGAAGAGAGGGAACAAAUCAGGCAGCUUCGCAGUAAUCUUGAGUCCAGGUUGAAGGUGAUCCUGCCAGAUGACAUUGGAGCAGCCUUGAUGGAUGGGGUGGUUCUUUGCCAUUUAGCCAAUCACAUAAGGCCACGUUCUGUUGCCAGCAUUCACGUCCCAUCGCCAGCAGUGCCUAAACUCAGCAUGGCAAAGUGCCGAAGAAAUGUUGAAAACUUUCUUGAUGCUUGUAAAAAAUUGGGCGUUCCACAGGAGAGACUUUGCUUGCCUCAUCACAUUCUGGAGGAAAGGGGUCUGGUGAAGGUUGGCCUCACAGUCCAAGCUCUGCUUGAGUUGCCUGCAUUGAAAGUAUCCCAGCUUUCUGCCAUGUGACACAACUUGGUGGCAGCUAGACAGCUUCCAUUUAAAGCUCUGUUUUGGAUUGCUCUGAGGCACUGCAGCCUCCUACACAGGAACACCCAAGCCAUCAAAAACUAAAACCUGUCCAGAUGCUGUAGAGAGCCUUACUUUGGAGCUGUGUGUGAAAACCUUGGAGUCAGUUCACAGUUAAAGGAACAUAACUGUUCUUUUUUUUUUUUCUUUUGUAAUUGGAUGUACUAAGAGAAUGUGGUAGCAUCAGGUUCUCUUUCUAGUUAAGUUAAAAGCUGCCAUUUAACAUCUCAGUGUUAGAGUUAAAUACUGGAUUUCUUUUUUUACAUUGAAAAUGUUGUUUGAAUUACUUUUGAAAGUACAAAGCACACCCCCUGUCACUUUAAUUUUUUGAGUCAAUCAUUUGAUUUUAAGAUAAGUCAAAAAUGUAGCGAUGAUAUGAUGGUAAAAUAUGAGCAACUGAUGACUUGUAAUCCCCUUUCACUCUCUGAAAGCUUAAUAUUUGCAUUCUGAUAUUUGUUUUUUGCACUCCUGAUUGUAACUUCGCACUUCUAACAUUGCCAGUAUUGAGUCUGAGUGUCUGGUGAUUACACAGAACAGGAUACAGUGAGAAAAGGACACAGUUUAUUGAGUUUUUCCAGUCUUCUAGGUUGGUGCCAAAUAUUUUUUUUCAGUUGUACUGUAGAUUGUUUACCUGUGAAGUGCCUGUGUAAUUGAUAACUCUUAAUAGUCUUAAACAUUUUUGAAGUUUCUUUGUUUAAAAUAGAUAAAAUGGAAAUUUUUUAAUAUUUUAAUAGUUUUUUUGUAAAAUCAGUAUGUGAAGAUUUAAGUAAUACUUCACACUUUUGAUGUUGGGUGUUUUAAGUUUGUUGCACAAUUUAAUUGUUGUCUAAUAAUUAGAAAAUACUGUAAAUACUUUUUAUUUAUGCUAUUUAAUUUGAUAAUACCUAAUUACUUUUGGUUUAUUGUAUUGUUGGACAAAAACAAAAGUUGUUCUUUCUUUGGGACAAGCAAAUACACAUGAUGAAUAAGACAUGAGGACUAGUGAUUCAUACAGAGUAAUUUAGGACAUUUUGAUAAAACUGCCAAAAUCUCAGGUUUACGCUGUGAUGUUCAGGAUUUUGUGUAAUAUUGCUCCUGAUCUCACAUGACAUUUUUACAACAGGUAUAUCCAUAAUUUAGCUGGGAAAUAUCAGUGUUUAUCUUUUUAGCAGGGUUUAUUGUGUAAUUUCCAUGAGUGUGGCAUUAGCACACAGGUCAGUUUGUACAAAUGUCACUGUGCUGAGACAUUGGAUCCAUGGAUAAAUGAGAAAAUGAAACAUUUCCACCGUGGUGUUCUUUUGAGACUUCUGAGUUCAUGUAUCUGUUUGCUUCUGAACAAAUUCUUGGUGUGUUGAACCAUACACAGUUGAGUUCUUCUCCAAAAAAGUUACAAAUAAUUUCAUCAUUUUGGUAGUAGGUCUGUUUGUAUUAGUUUGUUCUUCAUAGAAGAAAGGUAGGUAGCUCAAUUAAAAAAGUGUUUUGACUGCCACAGAUUUUCUAUUUCAGGCUAAGUUAUUUUCAGUUGAGGGAUAUGUUUGCCAAGCAUGUGACAAGAUUUGAUUUUGUUUUUUCCAAUUGACCAAGACCCUGUGUAAGAUAAUCCAUUAAAAAUGAGAGAGGAGUAUUGACUAUUGUACUGUAGUCUUAUAGGCAAUAGCUGACAGGAAAAAUAACCUUUUUCUGAUUAUAAGUUUAAAAAUACCACUUAUUUUUAAAUCCAUUGAAACAAGUUUGUGUACAUGUAAUAGCUAAAAUCCACUAUUGUUCAUAUAGUGUGUCUUAAAACACAGCUUAUGGAGAGGCUGGUGUAUAAAUUAAUUUGCAAAGUCCUAGAUAUAAAUCUUAGGUUAGAUAAAUGUGUUUAAAGAAACUGGAUUGCUUUGACAUUUGAAAUACUGUAUUUCAAAUCUAUCUCUGAUUGGUUCUUGCAUCUCUUCUGAUGGUUGUUUUAACAACUUCAGUCUCUAUUUUCAUUAAUGCCACUAUCUGAAAAGUCAUGCAAAAACUAAAGGAAAAGUUAUAAUUCACUAAGCAAAAUGCUUGCCUGCUACAUUUAAAAAAACAGCCACUCAAAAAGAAUAAAUCCUUGUCUUUCAUUUCACUGUUGUUGCUGCUACCAGAGCAAAGUUCUAGUUCAGUGUUAGCCAUGGAAGUGCUAAAUAUGAAUUGUCACUUUGUUAUCUGAAAACUGAUCUCCACUGCUAUUUCAUAGUCAUAUUUUAAAACAUUUUCUGAUCUUAAGGUAACAUUUUUCCUUCUUGAACUAAUUUUAUUAAAUUGUAUCACAGUGUAAACAUUAAGAAUUCCCUUGAUGUAGCAUGGCAGCUGCUUACUUCUUGGGGUUUCCAAACUCCUUAGUAAGCUGAAAACUGGAUAUGAAACUGAUGUACUCAUUUUAAACUGAAAUCUACUAAAACAAUUUUUUUUUUAGUACUCUGCAGUUCUUCCCCACAGACUUGCUACCCACAGUCUUGCUUUGCCAUUCCUUGGAAAUUAUUGUGGCUGCCUUCUUGCUUAUGGGGAAGAAUAAUAAUGAUUCUUCCAAGGCUUCUCUUUCAGCAUAGCAAGGAUUAAAGCCUUCAAGUACCCUUAGGAGCAGUCUGAGAAAAGAUCCACUGUGCUUGGAUGAGUCUUUUUCUCAUCUCUAACUGCUUUUACUACUACUACUAAUAGUCUACAGCCUUGCUAACAUUGGCUUGUACCACUGUGAUUUCUUUAACAGCAAUUUCAAAAGUGAUACUAAAAAGAUUUGAAUUUGAAGUUUUCAUUUCCAGGAAGCUUGUGGAGAUAGUUGUGUCUUGUCUGUACAAGAAUUUGCAUAUAUACUCUACUCCUUUUCCCCUUCCUUUUGAUUCCCAGCAUCUUAUUUACUUUUGUUCAUUCUCAGAUCUAGUGCAUUCAGGCUGUUGCUUACUCUGGGCCACUUCCCUUCUUCCUCUUGAAUUUUUUUAAGAAUUUGUACCAGUGAUUCCAGAAUCCCUGCUCCAAACAUUUCCUGUGUUUGAGAUACUCAUUUUCAGUUUUGUGUAGGAUAUGAUGCCAUUACUCAGUACUUGAUACAGCUGAUAGGGGUAGGUAAAAACAGAGCCUGCUCAGUUCUUGUUGCACUCUUCCUUUUUUCACUUAGAACAUGAAGAAAAGUCAACAUUAAAAGCUUUAGGAAGGUGCACUAAGUUUUCUUAAUAAACUUGGCAAUAAUGAGGCAUGAACUGUAAAUUACAGAGUGGAUCAGCAUAGUGACAGGGCUUCUGGGCUUGUGUAUGUUCUGUGUUUUAUGUCACUGCAUGCAGUAUGUCACAUGUGGCUGAUCUUUCACUUGAGCAAUAAUGUCCCACAUAUGGUGAGGUCUUACAGCAGUGACAGUGAAAUAAUUGUUGUGAAGUGUGGUGUCUUCCCAGAGAGUCUCAGAAAUGCUUUUAAUCUGUUCUCCAGCACUGCUAAUCCACUGUGCUCACUGGGGCACUGCUGGGGAUGCAGAAACCAUCCAGACCCCUGAUCUGGAGUCCUUCCAAAAUCUAACCAAGAACUCUGAGCAUAAAAUAGGGAGGAAUGGAUUUGAAACAAUAAACAACUGACAUGAAUCUAUUUUUUAAAUUUUUUUUUUAAUCCUAGGCUUUACUGAAGUCAAGGCAAAUUUUACCCUUGACUUCAGUAGAUUCUCACCUUUUUGAUUUGUGGAACACCUGAGCUGGAGACCAUAGCAAGCAUGGCUUAAACUUGUUUGACACUAGCAAACUUUAGUGUCAGAUUAUUGACUAAAAUAGUGACCCCUGGUAAGUCAAAUGAACUUGUCAAAUGUUAUGUGUAUUAAUUUAAUAAAAAAAUUUCUGAUAAGCCAAACAGUAUUUAGAUGGUAGGAAAAAAUUACAUUGAAGUGAGGUGGGAAGGUGGUGUUACCUCAAUAAAACUGUAGAUUGAGGACAACUAUUAGGUUUUUACUGCACUAAAAACUUCAUUUCAAAUACCAUAUCUUUUAGUGGCAGUCUCAUCAGCUUUUGACAUAAAUCUGUAGCUAAAUCCAAACAAAAGUGAAGACAUUUAUUUUCACUAAAAUGGAAUUUUAUAUGUCGUGUUGGUACUGAAGACAAAGACGAAGGUUUGGCUCUUCUUCCCUUUGCUGCUUCCUUAAAUGUUUAUUUGAAAGGCUGAUUCCACUGAUUUCAAUUGAAAACAACCUGUGGGAGUUUUUAGCCCUUCUGCAGAUAGGAGAUGUGGUUUGGUAUUGGCAAAUCAAAUGUCACUUUUCCCUCACCAAAUCAAGCUAAUGUCUGUGUUUCUGUUAGAGGAUCUCUACUUGAAAAGCAAAGGUAAAUAAGCACACCCCAACACACACAAUUUGGAAUUAAGAGAAUGUCAUUAAGACCACCAAUGGAAAAGGCAAAGUAGAGUUGUCCAAGCAGAGUGCUCUGAAUUGAUUUCACAGUGAAUCACUCCAGGAAAAGCCUUCAGUCUCAGUAAAGAAGUUUGUGUUCUGUAGCUGAGGACUGAGGAUCCUGGAGUGUGUGGAGCUUUCAGUAGAGCUCAGAACAAGGGAUUUGCCAGCUUUGUGUUCCCAGAGCCAUUUGGUGUGGCCAGCUCUGUCCCAGCUGCAUCAGUGGCUGAUGCUGCAGGGGGCACUGCCCGUGGGCAGGGGGCCUGGCUGGUGCCACCUGUGCUCCCCUGCCUGUGUGCCAGUGAGGCUGUGCAGGACAACUGCUGACAAAAACACCUCCCUGCUCCUAAAGAGAUGCUGCAACCUGAGCAAAACCACCAGGGGAUAAUUUGAGAGUAAUCACUAAUAGAUCUUCAGCAAUAUUUAACUUGCCCCAGCAGUGGGUGAUGCAGUUUUUGCUCUGGGAUGCUUUUGCUCUGGGAACUGCAGACCUUUUCUGACUGCAAAUGGCACUGUGGCUCUGAAGGGGUUAAUGUGUGCACUUCCAGGAGGAAUUGCAAACAGAACUGCUGGGUUUGUUCCAUAUGCCACACAUUGGGUCAUGUGUCAUUCAUUUACAGACAGAGGGACAGGUAAACUGUCUGUUCUUAAUGAGCAAUGUUACGGUACAGGUUUGUUUUGGAAAAUAUGAAGAUAAAUUUCUCUUUUCUUGUGAAGAAAAAUUCUCCUGAUCUUCACUGCUUAAAUAGAGAAUAGAUGUGAUUGAAUUUUAGUUUAAACUUGCCACUGCACAGAAGCAGUUCUGGCUCCUGUGUUUGUUACAUAAUAAAAUACCCUUGGAUUUAUUUGUCUUUAAGUAUUUCACAUAGUACAGUUUUGCUAACAUACUGUCUUAAAAUUGUGGUUAUAUGAAGUCUUUGUUCCCUCAUUAGGUUUGACCAUUAUUUUUUCAGCAUGAGAGGCAAAGGGCAGCAAGAUUUCUGCAGCUGCUUGGUCAGUUUUAGGGAAGGCACACCAGUUAUCAUAAAAUGACAUCUAAUCUAUCAUUUUUAGUUCAAAUUAUAUAUAGCCAAUUGCAUUUUCAAAAAAGAAUUUUCAGAGUGUUUUUUACAUUUUAGAAUCUUAAAACAAGCGAAAACCAAAAACUUUUUCCAUGGCUACUCUAGUAUCUUAGGAAAUUCUGAAGCAGAAGAGCAGCUUGGACUGAUAGCAAUUAAAUUGUUUUGGAAAAGUUUUGAUUUUGGCAGUGUUAUAUUUACAGUUGAACUUGAUCCAUUAAAAGUCUCUUCCAAACUAAAUGUCUAUGAUUGUAAGGCUUCAAUGAGACCAGAAUUUCCCUCCAGAGUUUUGUAACUCAGUUACUGCACAAAGUCAGUCAUUUAAAUUAAAUUCUUGGCACUGAGGAGGGUUUUCUCAGUUCAUUCAAAGUUAAGUGGAAUAAGGCAAACAUAACUUUUUCCAUCACAGUUUUAUGAAGGCAAAUUGUAAAAUAGAGAAUAUUUGGAAAUGCCACAAGGAUACCUUUUCACUUUGUUUCAUUUUAAAAUGAGUGAACCAGUGAAAUAUUUCCAAAAUGACUAUAUUUGUGUAGGGUUUGGUUGUGCCAUGACUGGCACAGGAAUUUGCAGUAGCUGUUCAGUAUUAAUUUGUAUUCUGAAGCUGUGCAGGACUGUGCUCUUGCUGAUGCAGUUGUGUUUGCUGAAGGGAUGUGAUACCUGGAGCAAAUCCUGAGAGUUCCUGGCAAGGCUGACAUUCCCAGGAGGAAUACACAGGUGUAGUGAGAAAGGGUGGGUUGGUGGAAUACAUUGGGGAGUAAUGUGAAUACUUUUUACUAUUGUGGAAUGUCUAGAACAAUGAAAAUGUGAUUGCUUUACAGUUAUCAUUCAGUUAGUAUUCAGUUAUUUUAUUUUGUAAUUUGUGGUUAUGAAACUCAGAAGAUGCCAUGUAACCAAAUGGUCAACAUGUAAAUGUGUGCAGGAUGUGGCAAAAGUAGUUCUGAGGGCACAGCAGGAGAGUGAUUCUUAAAAAUAGAUGCUCAAAUUGUGUAUAUACUUGCAAAGUUUUUGAUAGUGCAUUUCAAUUGAUUUUGCAUUUCAUGUUCUUGUAAAGUGCAUCUUUCAUACUUUUGAGGGUUGUCUACUUGUACUAUACUGUAUUAAGCCUUUUUUCAGGAUUUCCAUUAUUGCUGGAGCUUCCAACAUACAUGUUUCUUUUGAAAAAUGUUCUUACUGUUAUUUGUUUUUGUAAAUAGUGUUUUGUAUUAAAUUUGCAUGGAUAAACCCCACAUUUCCAAAACCAGUGUACAUACGCUGUGUAUAAAAUACAAACUGUUUCAUAAUUUUCAUGUAGUCAAGUUAUUCAAUUUGAUUUCAUUUCAGUUUAUAUAUUUGUAGUAAAUAAUGAGAAUUUGUUGUAUGUUCUCUCAAAUGUCUGUGUUUUCAUUUUGAUAGAUAAGUGACCUGCUUUAUUAUGUCAGGAAAUACAUCCUCUGACAAACAGAAGGAAAGCUAAUUCCUGGUUCAGGGAAGUAGAACACAUCCACAUAUGUAUAAGUGUGUUGGGAUUUUGGUUUUGACCAACAGUGGUGAGAAUACACAAGGAUCAAGCUGCCCUUGUUUGAAGCAAUCCUUAUACAUUUACACACUUUGCUGUGAGAACCACCCAAUGUCUUCUCACAUUUAUAUUUGGAACAACACAGAUUUUUGAGUCUUGCUAAUGAUAACCUUAAAGCAGCACAGAAGUUCCUCCUGACAGAGGUGAUCUGCUUCCCUUCUGUUCCCUGGGCUGGCUCUGGCACUAGCACAGAUAAUCUGUGUGGUUUGCAGUCAUCAAUUGCUUGAUCCAGCCUCAGGGAAACUGAACUGCCAGGUUUUGGAGCUGCAGUUGAGUUGGGUUAUUCAAAUGUAGGUUAACAGAGUGUUUUAUAGGACCAAAUUUAUUUUACCUUCAUUUCUUUUCUUUAUUUAAAGAUGUAGUCAAUUUUAUUAUUAGACCUGAAUAUUGAAAAUAAAUACUCUGUUUUGAGA